AUGGCGUGGGACAUGAGGCCUGACAUGAGGUUUGAGAGCGACACGAAAAGAGACUGUGGUGCCGAUUGUGCAAAAUUCCAGAAAAGUGAAUUAGAGUACAAAUUCAGCAAACGAGCCUUGGAGCGCCCCUACAAUUCAAAGCACUCCUGGGGGAAAACGUACGGUGACCACAAGCGUCACUUGGAGUUCAGUCAUGAUCAAUACAGGGAACUAAAAAAGUAUGCAGAAGACAUCGGCAUCUUUCUCACCGCCUCUGGCAUGGAUGAGAUGGCUGUGGAGUUCCUUCAUGAGCUGGAUGUGCCCUUCUUCAAAGUUGCCUCGUGUGAUGCGAACAACUUUCCAUAUCUUGAGAAAACUGCCAAAAAAGGGCGACCCAUGGUGAUAUCCACUGGGAUGCAGUCUAUGGAAACCAUACGGCGUGUCUACAAGACCGUAAAGGAGCACAAGCAGAACUUCACCCUCCUGCAAUGCACCAGCGCCUACCCUUUGGAUCCUAAAGAGGUCAACCUCAGUGUGAUCAAGACAUUCCAGGAAGAAUUUCCAGAUGUUCCAAUUGGAUAUUCUGGACAUGAGCAAGGCAUCUACAUCACUGUGGCUGCUGUUGCAAUGGGAGCAAAAGUUGUGGAGCGCCAUGUGACCCUAGAUAAGACCUGGAAGGGAAAUGACCAUGAGGCAUCCCUGGAGCCCUCCGAGCUGGCAGAGCUGGUCCGAGCAAUCCGACUGGUGGAGACGGCAAUGGGGUCACCAGUCAAGCAAAUGUUACCAUGCGAAAAGACCUGCCAUGAUAAGCUGGGCAAGUCAGUGAUAGCUAAGGUGGCCAUUUCCAAAGGUACAGUGCUCAGCCCCGACAUGUUUGCCGUGAAGGUUGGUGAGCCAAAGGGCAUCCCUCCAGAGAACAUGCAGAACCUAGUGGGCAAGAAGAUCAAAGUGGAUGUGAAGGAAGAUGACAGCAUCUUGGCAGACAUGAUAGAAUGA